AUGCCACCCCCCAAAAAGAAACCCGAGACAGAGGAAGAGAAGCAGAAGCGAGAGAAAAGUAUUCAGGCUGCGAAAAACUAUCGCUUGCUCAAGAAACAACAGGUUGCUGACCAGGAAAAGAAGGUCGACGAGCUUAUGAAAGAGAAUAAACGUUUACUCGAUGAGGUUGGUAGAAUCGGGAUGGGGGUUAGGACUAGGACUUGUCUGCUUGUACGACAUGUGUGUUAUUGUACAAAUACAUGAGCAUGAGAUAAUGAAUGGUUAUACCCGAACAGGUGUGACGCUUUAAGUAUAAAUUCACUUUACAACCACAUAUAUUCCCUGCAAGAGUGUAGCUCUUUCAAGUUUACAAACAGAGAGAUAAACCAUUAUUGAGUUCCG